GGCUGGCGAGGCUUAAAACGGAGGUGGGUAGGGGUGUGCCGUAAUGCUGCGGCUGUGAUAGCGUUGCUGAGCCGCGCGGUGUUUGCGGCAGCAGCCGUGGCUGUGAUGUGGUCCAUGGGAUGCGGUGCCAUUUUAUGGAGGAGUGCUUCAGUUGCACUGUUGCCAACCGCUUCUACCAGAUGCUGGAGGACGAAUCGGACCCCUUCGACAACCUCCGCGAGGCCGACCGCUGCCAGCAGCAACGCAGAAACCUCAACAAAGUGGUGACCCGCCGGGGCGGCCCCAGUGGCAGAGGGUGUGCCACGAGGAGGGAGCCCCUGAAGCGGCGCAAACAGCUCGGUGCUCCGGCGCCACCGCCGCAGCCCGGUGCGGGACGCUGCGACGCGGCAGAGUGGCGGCGUCUCAGCGGCGUGGGGACGGGUUCGAGCGGCGCCGCCUCGGCUGGUGGCGGCGGGCAGGAUGCGAUCCGGAUGGAGCUGACUUCUCCUAUGGAAGCAACUGCAAAAACAGCCAAGUCUCCAGGGAUGUCUGAAGAAAAACCUCUAAACAAAGUUGCUGAAGGGAAACCAAUGGAAGAAUUAGUUCAAGAAAUGAUGUUAGAUGAAUGGAAAAGUCUUCAGCAAAAGAAUUGGCCAAAGCAUUAAUUCAAUAUCUGGAGGUCAGAAUCCACUGUUCCUACCAAAGCAGUGGUGAUUCACAAGUCAGAAUAUUGCGAUGAUAUACAAAAGGGAGAGCUUGAAGAUGAUUACCAUAUUUUUCAAAGGGCAGUGAAUGACAUAACACCUCAGCUGGGAGCUGUCUUGGACAGAGUGACCAUGAAAUGAUAGAUUUCUUGAUUCAUGGUGGAGCCUGGAGGGGGAAUAGUAAAACUGCUACCCUGGACUUCCGUAGGGUGGACUGUGAAUUAUUUAAGAGACUCGUAGGGGUAGUACCCUGGCAUUCAGUCUUAGGGAGUAAAGGGGUCCAAGAGUGCUGGUUGCUCUUCAAGAAGGAAGUCUUAAGGGCGCAGGAGCAGGCAGUCCCUCUGAGCCGCAAAAAUGAGCCAGCGGGGAAGAAGACUGGCGUGGAUGAAUAGGGAGCUGUUAUUGAGGCUCCAUGAGAAAAAGAGAAUCUACCGCCUGUGGAAGGAGGGACAGGCAACUGAGAAUGAAUACAAGGAAGUCAUUAGGAUGUGUAGAG